CAACUUUUGUUCAGAAUGUUUCUGUUUGACAGUGGAUGGUAAGAUGACCGAUGGAGGCCUUUUAUGGGUCAUUCAAGAACCAUUUAAUGGACAGCUGGUCUUGGACGUCUUUGAAUGUCUUUAUGAUGGAUACAUGGUCCUUGUCCACCCUGGGGAUUAACAUGGAGUGAACUAGUAUCCUACCUUGAGCAGCAGGUAUGGAUGGCCUUCCGAAAAAUGAGACUAUCUUGUGGCAAAACUCUAAAGACCCAAAAGAAAAUGGGAUGUGGCAUGAGGUACAGAGCUAUGGGGUUUCCAACCCUUUGUGGACGGCUGUUUUUGAUUAUGAGGCUACGGCAGAAGAGGAAUUGACGUUGCGGAGGGGGGACCUGGUGGAGAUCCUCUCCAAGGACUCUACAGUCUCUGGGGAUGAAGGCUGGUGGACAGGAAAAGUUCGAGACAAAGUGGGCAUAUUUCCCAGUAACUAUGUGGUCAGUGACCUUAAGUAUACUACUUUGAGAUGUACCCCAAAGGACUUCCCGCACCCACUGCAGAUAAAGUUUGAAGAGCUGGAGCUUGAGGAGAUUAUUGGUGUAGGGGGUUUCGGGAAGGUCUACAAGGGAAUAUGGAGAGAUGAAGAGAUGGCAAUAAAGGCAGUACGUCAUGACCCUGAUGAAGACAUAAGUGUCACAGCUGAAAAUGUCAGACAGGAGGCCAAGCUGUUUUGCAUGCUACGACACCCCAACAUUAUAGCCUUGAAAGGAGUGUGCUUGACGCCCCCUCAUCUAUGCUUGGUCAUGGAGUAUGCUCGAGGGGGACCAUUACAUCGGGCUCUGGCAGGGAAAAAGGUCCCAGCUCACGUAUUGGUCAACUGGGCAGUGCAGAUCGCUCGAGGCAUGAAGUAUCUUCACGAUGAGGCAAUCGUACCUAUCAUCCACAGAGACUUGAAGUCCAGCAACAUCCUAAUACUUGAGAAGAUCGAGAACAAUGACUUAUUUAAUAAAACCUUGAAGAUCACAGACUUUGGCCUAGCCAGGGAAUGGCAGAAGACCACAAAGAUGAGUGCUGCAGGCACCUAUGCUUGGAUGGCCCCAGAAGUGAUACGUCUGUCUCUCUUUUCCAAGAGUAGCGAUGUGUGGAGCUUUGGCGUUCUCCUCUGGGAACUGCUGACGGGGGAAGUUCCAUACCGCGAAAUUGAUGCUCUGGCUGUUGCCUAUGGGGUUGCAAUGAACAAACUGACACUUCCAAUUCCAUCAACUUGCCCAGACCCAUUUGUUAGGAUCCUGGAAGCAUGCUGGGACCCGGAUCCUCACAGCCGCCCCUCCUUCUCCAUCAUUUUGGAUCAGCUGAUCACCAUAGAGCAAUCCGCCAUGUUUCAGAUGCCCUUGGAAUCUUUCCAUUCCCUGCAGGAAGACUGGAGACUGGAGAUUCAACAGAUGUUCGAUGAACUCAGAACCAAAGAGAAGGAGCUGCGUUGCCGCGAGGAAGAGCUGGUGCGUGCCGCCGAGGAGCAGAGGACCUUGGAGGAAAUGCUCCGCAGGAGGGAACAAGAACUUGCAGAAAGAGAGUUUGACAUUGUGGAGCGGGAGCUGAAUAUCAUCAUGUACCAAAUGUACCAGGAGAAACCCAAGGUGAAAAAACGCAAGGGCAAUUUCAAGAAGAGUCGUCUGAAGCACAAGGAUGGCAAUCGGAUCAGCUUACCCUCAGGAUUUGAACACAAGAUCACCGUACAGGCAUCUCCAACUCUGGACAAGUGCAAAAGUCAGGGGUCGAGCAGCUACAGCCCCCCUGGGAGCCCUCUGAUUAUCCCCAGACUUCGAGCCAUUCGAUUGACCCCUGUGGAUGGCAGUAAGACUUGGGGGCGGAGCUCCGUGCCGAAGAAAGAAGAAGUGACUUCGCCCAAGAAGAAAGGAAAGACCUGGGGCCCUAGUUCUACACAGCCAAAGGAGAGACUUGGAGGGGAGGAAAGGCUGAAGGCACUCGGAGAAGGCAGCAAGCAGUGGUCUAACAGUGCCCCCAACCUUGGAAAGUCACCUAAGCACACACCUAUUAGUGUGGGUUUUGCAAGUCUGACAGAAAUGGAGGAAUAUGCAGAGGGUGAAGGCUCUGUUCCCCAAUCCCCAUACUCCACACAGUCCUACCUCACACUACCCCUCCAGUCCGAUGCCAGGAGUAACAAUGAAGAUUUAAGUCUGUCUACAGCAUCGUCUUCAGACAGUCCCAAACGCAACUCACAGUCCCGCAGAAAGAGUGAACUGGUGUUAUUGGGAUGCGCAUCUCUUCUGGCAGCUGUAGCACUAGGCAGUGAUCUGGCAGACUUGGUGCCCCAGGAAGAGAAAAGAAAGGGCAUUUUCCAGUGGGCAGCAAGAGGCAUCAAGCGUAGUGGUAAUUCUCCCAGCCACUCCAUAUCUAAAGAGGAGCCAGUCAUUCCUCCCAGUUCAGUCACGCUCAUCUCAUUGUCUUCCAUCUCAGACUGUAACUCCACCAAGUCCCUCAUACGCUCAGAUAGUGAUGACACUGGACUGGCCAAUGAUAACACGCCCUGUGGAGAGCUUGCAGACGCGGAGCCCAGUAUGGAGCAGGCUGCCUCUGGACGAAACCCACUAGUGGACUACAAAUUGGAAAGUUUUAAGAGGGACCCCCGACAGUCCUUGACUCCCACUCACGUCACAGCCACUAGAGCUAAUGCCACAGCAACCAGGGGUCACAGAAGGACUCCAUCUGAUGGGGCUAUACGGCAGGUGACACCUGGUCAUAGGCGUUCACCUUCAGAUGGCAGCACACCACCACAGCUAUGUGACACAGGUUCCAAAGAGAACGCUCCUUUUCCACGUUUGCCAGACCCCCACUUCGUAUUUCCCCCUCCAGCGCGACGUAAACCGCAAGACAAGGAUUCUGCAGUUGAAAGACCCACCACCUUAGAAUUUGCCCCUAGGCCUCGCCCUUCUGCUGGCCGCCCAAGACUAGACCCUUGGAAAUUUGUGUCAGUUUCUCGGACUCACAGCUCAUCUCCAUCCGGUAGCGGAGGGGAAGCCAGCUCAAGUGGAUCUGCAGAUGGUGUUCAAGUGGGAGGAGCUGAGGAGACCCUUCUGGACAUGGAGGUGGAAGGACAAAGAUUGGACAGCACUGUCCCGCUGUGUGGGGAAGGGAUCGGGCCACAGAUUGACCCUUAUUAUAAUUUGGGGGCAGAUGUUUCUUAAUAUAAUAGUCUGCUGGAUCAGAGCAUUAUCUGAAGAAAAAAAAGCAACCCUUAUGAAUGUAUUUCGAAGU